GUGUAUUUCCACAUAAAAUAUUUUUCUUGAAUUGUAGGAAGUGUCAAAUUGUAAGGUUUCAUGUUGGUUCCCACUUGACAUUCUGUGGUUCGAGUUACACAAUUUUAACCUAAUCAUGUUUGAGUGCUGAUUGAAACCACUGAACCAACUGUAUGGUUAAUGUACAACCAGUCGGUAUUAGUAGAUUAUAUAUACAGUACAUUUUAAUUGAGUUGCUCUUCUACAGUAUGACAUGUUGGCCCAAGAGUCACCCUGUGAGGUUUCCGCCUGUCCACACAGACCAUUGGACCAAAAUGAAGACCAGGGUAAAUACAUAUUCAGUGCCAACCUAUCUUUCAUCAAUGCCUGCUACCAUGAUAGAGAGAGAAUCCCCAAAUGGUAUUGCACCCAUACACAGCAGCCAGCUUCUACUACCUGUGACACAAAACAUGACUGGUACCACACCUAAUAGUCCAACCCUUCCUUGGCCACAAGGUAUGAGUCUUAGUUUUCGAAGGGCUGGUCUUUCUGUUCAAAACCUGUCCCACUACAGGAAUCAGUACAAUGACAAUGCCAGAAGGGGUUUCCGCUACUGGCUCAUCGAGAAGAAAGUCCCAAAUUGUAAUGGCUGCAGUUUUGGAGCAUACAAGACCUCACUGGGAUUACCCAGAGUCUAAGGAGAAUCUGUAACUCUUUUUAAUGUUAGAAGCGUGAUGAAACUUUGUCAUAAUUACUUUAUUUUAUUUUUUAUUUUUUUCUAUUGCUGAAUAAGUAUUAAUAUCCCCUCUUAGGAUAGCUAUAUACUGACUUUGACAUUAUAUUUUGUAGCGGGGCACAUUGAUCAGUAUUUGUAAUAAAGAAUAAAUUCCUAUUCUGUGACUAUGACUGCAGAAAUGUGUAGUGGUGUGUGUAUAGGCCUACUUAAAUAUAGUAGACUCAGUGCACUCUACUGACCAUUUCAAAAUGUAAUUAUAUUACGUUUUCUGAAAUAAUAUAGCCUCAUGUGUGUACUCAAACUGACUGUCACAUGUUAACGUUAAAUCUCAAAAAACAAUAGUAAAACAUUUACCUGUAGGCUACUAACGUAGGUUAAAUAGCAUUGUUAGCCAUAAUAGAGUCUAAAUAAAUAAGACUCAACUGGAAGAAAAUCUGAAGAAUAAUAUGUUUGAGGCUCGGUAAUUGCACCGGAAAACCAUUUUAUUGUGACAGCUGUUUAAUUGGAUUAUUAUAGUUUAAAAGGUCAACAACAUUGUACGUUUGAUGGUAAUCUUGUUAUUGCACUAUUCUGACGGGUUGACAAAAUAGUGGUAAAACACUGGGAUCUCUGGGGUCCGGAUUACUGAACUCUGUUUGAAGAAUGUGCUGUGGAUGAUUAUCACAUUGAUUUUUUUCUUUUCAAAAAGCUGUGUCUUGGUUAAAUUGUCUAGGCUUUUUCAAUAUGCUUAACUCCCAUGCUUAACAUAGGCUGCGGACAACCAGUUGUGUCAAAAGUGGCAGACGUCGAUAGUGGAAUCAUGAAAAGCAGGGAAAUGCCCCUACUCUAUCCAACGUGGAAAAAAAGAUGGACAACUAAGUUUCAGGUGCCAUUCUACAGGAAACAAAGGAAGGCACAUUUAAAUGGCAACAUUGAAUGUGUCAAUGACAAGAUGGACAACAAUAAGAAGGUCAAGUUUCAGUGGCUACGGUCAGCUGUAUGCUCCCCUACUAAGUUCCACAAGAGCAAUGUUGGAGAACAUAAACCAUCUCGUUGGAGUAUGUCCCCCAAAGAAGAUCUGAGUCCGUCUUCGACAGUUUUAAAUGUGUCUUCAGAGUCUUCUGAUGUUGGAGAACUGGGCAAUAUCUGUUUAGACACACCCAAGAGGAAAGCAGAAACCCAGAAUGGGAGUAACCUAGGUACAGACAAAGUCAAGAAGCUUUCUAGAAAACAUCUUAAAUCCAUCAAUCCCUCCAAGGGAAUGUUCAUGGAUGGUACCACAUCUUCGCCUAUCUCUUCUGCCUUGAAGAGGAAAAACUGCACUCCAGAUGAAGGAUCCAAGGCAAUCUACCGGAAGGCCUUAACUGCAGCUUUUGGGCGAGAAAAAAAGACCUCAUCCCCAGUCAAAUGUUCUAGAGCCAAGAGCCCCUCUCUUGCCCGGAAGUUCCCUAGCAGGAAGUUGACACUCAACACAAGUGAUGAGAUGCCUAGUCAAGAGUUAGAUCGAAGUACAGACUUCGACUUGAGCUGCUGCUCUGCCCCGUCAGAAAGCGAGCCUGAUGGUAGAGCUACUGUUGAGGAAGAAGGCGAGAAUUGGAUUCGUCCUCUGGUAUUUGUCAACACAGACAAGCUAGAAGACAGCGCUUUUCUCGAGCAAGAUACAAGGAGCGUGAUCUUCAAAUCAGGUGACUCUCCUGAUUGGUCAGAUGCUGAGGACCCUGUGGCAGUUAAGACGUUCUCCCAGGAUAAAGAUUUCCCAAGCCGUAAAGAUGAAAUCAGUGAGUCGACACCUUCUGCCCUGAAGUACAAUUACAAUCGUGACUCCCACUUCAUGAAACCACAAAACUACUCUAUAGGCACCAAGAAACCCAGCAGUCCUGCUUUGCCUACCCAGGGGCUAGUGAUCCCCUCCCUCACCUCUCUCUCCUCACCUGGAUUGAGAAGUCCUGACCUCUCCAACAAGUGUCUAGACCUCACCUCCCCCCAGUCAUGGAGUACAGGCUUAACGUCUCCUGAGCAAGCCCUCCCAGGGAAGCAAAGAAGGAAUUACAAAUCCCCUAGCACAACUCCAGAGACUCCCAGGACGGGUGUGGUUAACCAGUGGGACCAGCGACCUACCAAAGGUGCCCUCAUGUCCCCAGACCCUUUUGCACUGCCCAUACGCUCAAGGAAAGACCCAGUGUCCACUUCAGCGAUCCUGCCUCUAGGACACAGCUUGUUCUCCCCCUAUCCCCCCUGUCACCCUGCCCCCCGGAGGUACUCUGAUGCCUUUCUGGACAGCCACUCCUCCACAGCCUUUGACAACAUCACUAGGAGGAUGUCAGUCGGGGCAGAGCCUAUCUGGACAUGUGACCCCUCACAACGGGUAGAGGCCAAGCUGGGGUUUGUGGACACCCACUGCCACCUGGACAUGCUGUAUGGCAAGCUGGGUUUCGUUGGCACCUUUGCACGGUUCCGAAGCAUGCACCGCAGCAGCUUCCCAUCAGAGUUCCAUGGCUGCAUCGCUGACUUCUGCAACCCUCGCAUCAUGGUGAGGGAGGCUCUGUGGGAGGGGCUGCUAGGAGAAGAGUUGGUGUGGGGUGCGUUUGGGUGCCACCCUCACUUUGCUAAGGACUACUCCGAUGUGCAGGAGCGCAACAUCCUGAUGGCAAUGCGGCACCCCAAGGCUGUGGCCUUUGGAGAGAUCGGCCUAGACUACUCCCACAAAAACUCAGUCAACGUGGUCAAGCAGAAGCAGGUAUUUGAGCGUCAACUGCGUCUGGCAGUGGCCAUGAAAAAACCUCUUGUGAUCCACUGUAGAGAUGCAGACAAAGACUUGCUUGAGAUCAUGAAGAAGUGUGUGCCCCGCGAUUACAAGAUUCACAGGCACUGUUUCACCAACAGUUACUCAGUGAUUGAGCCGUUAUUGGAUGCGUUUCCUAACCUGUAUGUAGGCUUCACUGGCCUCAUUACCUACCCCAAAGCCACUGAGGCUCGAGAAUCCGUGCGCAGGAUUCCCCUUGAACGGAUCGUCCUGGAAACGGAUGCACCCUACUUUCUACCGCAUAAGGUUAGUAGAGAUGUGUGCAGGUUUGCCCACCCUGGCAUGGGCAUCCACACUGUCCGUGAGAUUAGCGUCCUAAAAAGAGAGCCCAUCGCCAAAGUAUUUACCACUAUCAGAAGCAACACCACUCAACUCUAUGGUGUAUAAACCUGAUGACAGUAAAGCAAACCAUGGUUACCAGAUGUAACCAUGCAUGCAUAAAAAGUGAAAGAAAUUGGGUCUCUGAAAUAGUUUGGUAGUUUUUUUUGCAAUUGGUCUGCUUUUCAGAAGUAAAGAUAAAUCUCUUAAAUAUAUCAAAUGUAUAUUUAUUUACUUUGUGUAAGGCCUUUAAUGUCAAUAGUAUUUUUCUUGUUAAAUGUAAUGGGAUCAAUAGUUUACUUUUGCUGGCAUAAGUCUAUUCCUGUGUUUUGUUGAGAACAGGUGUGCAGUGCUCUGUUUGAGCUCCUGUUAUAAAGCUCUAAACUAAAGGAUUCUCAGUCUGACCCAAACUUCUGUUGGUGUGGUACACGUGAUGAGGCUGCUGUUGGUUGCUGUGUAUUAUUAGAAACAUUUUUAGGUAUUUAGUAUUCAUUUGAUUUGUCAUUGGUUUGAUUUUGAUAUGUUGUUAUGGUCAUUUGACAUCUCUGUUCUGUUUUUAAUUGUUCUGCAUUCUUAAGUGACUGUUGUCAAAUGGGUUGAUUUUGGUGUAGUUUGUUGUUGUGGAACUC